CAUCUUACAAUUAGGGCCAUCGGCUUCCUGAUCAGAGCCAUAGAUCAUUAAAUCUCCCUUCCUCCUUGAGGUGAUUUUGGGAGGCAGCCCUUGGGCUUCAAUUCAUUUUAUCGUUAAAUAAGCCAAAGCUCCCCAGCGGAGAUUUUGUUCUCUUCCAUUCCAUAGCUAAGAGGAUUGGAGAUGGUUUACCCUGUAAUGGUGCCAAGCUUGUUGAAGGUAGACUUCUACAUCCUCCUCCUCCUCCUGCUUUCCUUCAAUGUCGACCAUGCAAUGAGCACGAACGACUAUAUUGACUGCCGCUGCAGCGUCACUGCGAAUUACACGGAUGGAAGCGCGUUUGAAGUAAAUAUGCACAGCCUCUUCUCCAUCUUGACAAACGAUGCUCUUCCUACUGGUUUUUCCAACGCCACAGUAGGCGUAGGAUCGGAUACAGUGCAUAGCCUGGUCCAGUGCAGGGGUGACAUUGACCAGGAUAGCUGCAAGGAGUGCAUCCGUAAUUCCACCCAACAAGUCGUCGGAUACUGUCCUUAUAAUAUGGAUGCCAUCAUAUGGUAUGAAAAGUGCCAGCUCCGCUAUUCCAUCACCAACUUCUUUGGUCAACUCAAUGUGGAGGAUUAUGGUUAUUGGUAUUGGAUCAAUGAUAAAAUGGAAGACGCCAAAGCCUUUAACGAGAAUUUGGGUAGUCUUCUGAAGAUUUUCACUUAUCAAGCGACAACAGAGCCUUCAAGGCUCAUGUUUGCUACCAGCAACAUCCCCUACGAUGAUCAACAGACGAUAUGCGGGCUGGUGCAGUGCACCAGGGACAUAAGCCUCGCUGGUUGCAGUCUUUGUUUGAAUAGCACCAUCUUCAAAAUCCGAGGGACUUGCGAAAAUGGACAUGGCUGUGAAGUUGCCGCGGGAAGUUGCCGUGUGAGGUUUGAUACGGAGCUCUUUUAUGGUACCCCAACAACUCCAACCUCGUCUCUUCCAGCGCCUCCAUCCAAUUCAAGCCCAACCCCAUCUUUUAAUUCACUAACUCCAAGGCCAAGCCCAUCUUUUAAUUCACUACCUCCAAGCCCAAACCCAUCUCCUCCACCACCUUCAUUGGAUUCAAGCGCUACAUCAAGCGGUGCAUCCAACACUACAUCAGGCCAGCAGAAAAGUGCAGGCAGAAAACACAUGUAUAUCAUAAUCGCAAUCUCUGUCUUGACGAUUGUGGUUCUUAUUACUUGCUUAAUUUGCGGAUUUUACUGGUGGAAGACAGAAUUCUGUUGCCUUUGGAGAAAGAAGUUGAAGCGUGGCGGAUUGCAGAGCAAGGAGGAAGAAGACGAUGGUUUUGAACAACAAGGGCAUGGUCCGAAGCAAUUUGACAAUGAAGUGCAGACACUCGCUAAACUUCAACACAGAAAUCUUGUCCGACUUUUAGGAGGCUUUAUGGAAGGUGAAGAGAAGAUACUCGUCUAUGAGUAUGUGCGGAAUACUAGUCUCGACAAUUUUCUCUUUGGGGAACCAACGAAGCAUAUGCAAUUGGAUUGGCCAGUACGUUUCAAGCUCAUAAAUGGCAUAGCAAGAGGAGUUCUGUAUCUUCACGAAGAUUCAAGGCUGAGAACUGUUCACAGGGAUCUGAAAGCAAGCAACAUUUUAUUAGAUGAAGACAUGAACCCCAAGAUUUCAGAUUUUGGCAAUGCAAAGAUCGUUGACACAGACCAAACACAAACCGAAACACUUGAGAUUAUGGAAACUCGGAGCAACAAACGAUCGACAACUAGCGUAGAUGAGCAUCAAUCUUUUCGAUUUUCAACUUUUUCUGCAGUGGAUAUAUGGCACCUGAGUAUCUUCUUGAGGGAAGGGUGUCAGUAAAGAUAGAUGUUUACGGCUUUGGUGUUUUGCUGCUGGAGAUGAUAACUGGGAAAAAGAAUUUCUCCUUAAUCCAACAAGAGACUGAUGAAAAUCUAUUAAAUUAUGUAUGGAGACCUUGGGGGGAGAACAAGGCUCUGCAAGUUGUGGAUCAAAUAUUGGAAGGAACAUGUGACAACGAUGAGGUAUUAAGAUGCAUCCAUAUUGGCCUGCUAUGUGUUCAAGAAGAUGCAUCAAGCAGGCCCAAAAUGUCCAAUGUUGUUGCGAUGCUUGAAAACAGCUCCUUGAUCCUUCCAUCCAUUUUGCCUCCUGCCCUCUCUUCCUGGAAAAUCAGAAUCUUUUCUUUGGGAGCACAAGCGAGCACAACUAUAUCAGGUCCUGGUUCGGAGCUUGGUUGAUCUCCUUACUGAAGCUUUGAACUACUCACGUGAGGAGGAAGUAGGGAUUGUAAUUUGUUCCCUACCUUUCAAUGUAUCAUUUGUGCUUUUGGUGUAUGAGCUUUGAACUUCUUGGUUCGUUUGUUGCAGUUCUUUGUAAUAGUUAUCAGGAUGUGGUAUAUACAAGAGUUGUGAUUUAAUAUUGUGCAGUACAAUGUGUGACCUCAUGUUCCUCUGAUGAUAAGGUCAAUAAAAAUAUCUUCUCAUUCUUGUAAGGACAAACCAAUUGUUUCCCUAUAGUUUUUCAGAAAAAUGUAUAUUUAUGUUUUAAUUCAAUGAAAUGAAUA